AUGUUUGCGCGACCGCCGCGCCAAACCUCUUCGAUCCUCACCUCGCUCCUCCGUCCGUCGGCGCCAGCAACUGCAUCACAAUCCUACAUAUGCCAGCCAUGCCGCCGUCAAUUGCACCGUGGCAUUCCUGAAAAUGGCCGCGUUCCACCUCCCACGCCAUUCGUUCCCGACGUAUCCACGUUUCUCAAACUAAUCGGCCGCGACAUGUCGAAGCACGAGAGCAAGAUCGGGUCAUGGGAUGAGCUAUUCACUUUGUCGUCGCCACAACUGAAGGAAAGAGGAAUCGAUCCACCUCGGACGCGAAGAUAUCUACUGCGAUGGCGAGAGAAGUUUCGAAAAGGCGACUACGGGAUAGGCGGAGACCUUCAAUACGUGCAAGACGGCGUUGCAGAGUUGAGAGUCGUAGAAGUACCAACCCUGAAAAAGGACCCUGUAACAGGCGAACCAUUGGCGGGUCCAGUGUCGACAAGCAGAAGCCCCGGGAUGCAGAAAUUGAUUGUCAAUGUCCCGAACGGAUCACCGACUUAUGCGCUCUCACCCGGCCAGACCACGGCGGACUUGAAGAAGCCCAUGGGGUUCACGCUGAAGAAUGGCUACAUUAUCAAGGGAAAGCAGGCUCAUCCUCUGAAAGGCACUUAUGGCAGUGGCGUCGUCUUGAAGGCAGUCGAAGGUCUCUGGGAGCACAAGAGAGGUCACAAGGUGCACGGUGGUGAGCGGCGGAGAGCAGAGACGCUGCAUAAGAUGAGAGUCGAAGAAAACAAGAAGAGAUAG